GUGUCGGCUGCGUCACUUCCCGCGGUCGCUCAUUUUGCAAGUCGCCGCAUUUUGCAGCCGACGCGGCCUGCCCCGCGGGCGCCCCGGCCCGGCGGCCGCGCCUCGCGCUUUGAUCGCAUGUGCCCGCGCUAACAUGCCCGUGUGUUCGAUUGUUUACCUUAGCACUAGUUGAUAGCCGAGGCUCUGGCAUGCUCAUGUGAGUACGAGUUGUCAACGCACGCGGCCGCACGUCUGAACCCUGCAUUGCGUCGUGCCAAUGCGUGCUGAUAUUUACUAACCCGUGUGCCAGAUUGUGAUGCGUUUUGUGGAUUGUCGGCAGUCGGACUGUGGUCGGCGAUUCGUGGUCUGUUCGCCGGUGUCUGGGUCGUUGUCGCGCGGCAGCCGCGCGGUUGGCGCGCGUCGUGGCGGCAUGCGGUAGCGCGAGCGCGCGGCCGAGCGGCGGGUCGGGUCCUGUGCGCUGUCGGCUAUGUGCCCCCCUUGCGCUACACUGGGUGGUGUUAGCCUAAGAUGGUGUUGGCGCUGGUGGUCGGACUCCUGUGCGUGUGGAGUCGCCUGAGCGUCGCCAACCCUGAUGCGAAGCGCUUGUACGACGACCUGCUGUCCAACUACAACCGCCUGAUCCGGCCCGUCGGGAACAACUCGGACCGACUCACCGUCAAGAUGGGGCUGCGGCUCAGUCAGCUUAUCGAUGUUAACCUUAAGAAUCAAAUCAUGACAACGAACGUUUGGGUAGAACAGGAGUGGAACGACUACAAACUGAAGUGGAACCCGGAAGACUACGGCGACGUCAAAACUCUCCACGUGCCUUCUGAACACAUAUGGCUGCCAGACAUCGUGCUUUACAACAACGCGGACGGUAACUACGAAGUGACGAUAAUGACGAAAGCCAUCCUACACUACGACGGCAAAGUGAUAUGGAAGCCGCCGGCCAUCUACAAGUCCUUCUGCGAGAUCGACGUGGAGUACUUCCCCUUUGACGAACAGACUUGCUUCAUGAAGUUCGGCAGUUGGAGCUACGAUGGUUACACGGUGGACUUGAGGCAUCUGAAGCAAACGCCAGACUCCGACGCGAUAGGAAUGGGCAUCGACCUAUCAGAAUACUAUAUAUCCGUAGAGUGGGAUAUCAUGCGAGUGCCGGCCACCAGAAAUGAAAAGUUCUACUCUUGCUGCGAGGAGCCUUACCCCGACAUCAUAUUCAACCUAACCCUAAGAAGAAAAACCCUCUUCUACACGGUCAAUCUUAUCAUCCCAUGCGUUGGCAUCUCAUUCCUCUCAGUCCUGGUCUUCUAUCUACCUUCGGACUCCGGAGAAAAGAUCUCACUCUGCAUAUCUAUCCUUCUCUCCUUGACCGUGUUCUUCUUGCUGUUAGCAGAAAUUAUCCCCCCCACCUCACUCACUGUCCCACUUUUAGGAAAAUAUUUGUUGUUCACUAUGAUGCUAGUCACAUUAUCAGUAGUGGUCACUAUCGUGGUGCUGAACGUUAAUUUUAGGUCCCCGGUCACCCAUCAUAUGGCACCUUGGGUCCGGAAGGUCUUUAUAGAUUUUUUACCGAAAAUAUUGUGCAUACAAAGGCCGGAGAAGCCAGAAGACGAUGAUAACGAUAAGCCGACUGAGGUCCUCACCGACGUAUUUGGUGGCGACGACCUAGACGGCAAGUUCAAAGAGUGGGGUUGCGAGGAGUAUGAGCUGCCGGGGCUGCCGCCGUCACCCCCUCCGCCCCCCGGCGGGGACGACGAGCUCUUCUCCCCUCCCCCUGGCUCGCCCUGCCGGCUGGACUUGGAUGACGACAGUCCCUCUCUAGAUAAACACUACGUGAGAGAGAUGGAAAAGACUAUAGAAGGCUCCAGGUUUAUUGCGCAACAUGUCAAGAAUAAGGAUAAGUUUGAGAGUGUGGAGGAUGACUGGAAGUACGUGGCGAUGGUGCUCGACAGGAUCUUCCUGUUCGCCUUCACGAUAGCGUGCGUGCUCGGCACCGCGCUCAUCAUCUUCCGCGCCCCCACCUUCUACGACAACUCCAAACCCAUCGACAUCCUUUACUCCAAGAUCGCCAAGAAGAAACUCGAGCUCCUAAGGAUGGGCUCCGAAAUGGACCCGGGUCUCUGAAAUUCGUCGUACGUCUUCGGCCACUCGCCGCCGAAGACGUUUUGGGAGCUGAUCGUGAUGUGGUGGCACGGAUGAUCGCAGUGAAGCUCCCGGUGAAUGCGAGGCGAGGACUCUGUGCUCAGUGAGUGUGGUGCGACGUACGCAGUGAAAACCGUCUUUUUAUAUGAACUCGAGGACUGUGUCCGUCGGACGCACGGCGCGCGCCGUACUGAAUCCGCCACAACUAUUUUUAUAUUAGAAUCGCUGUAUUGAUCGUAUAUACUGGAGCGGAUGUGUAAUUUUUGUAUGUUUUCAUCGGAAGGUUUCUUUUCCAGGAAUUAUUUGAUACGAGCGCACAAACAUUGUACAGAUAUAUUAAGAGUUUUAUAUUAAGUUCUCGCGAUAGAUUCGUUUAGUUAUCAGGACGUAAACGACGCUCUUAUUACUUACUAUAUAAGGUUCACUUCGGAUAAGUGGAGCUCAAUUUCGUAAGUUUAAGUAUUGUACGGGCUACGCAAAGUCGAUUAGCAGUUGGAGUAUUUAAUUAUAAAUUUUCAUGCAAACGUCCUCCAUGAGAACCGGACAUAUAGACACAUGUAUAUGUAAUGAUUGUGUAAUAAAUUGAAUUAUACAUAAUGUAUUUGAUAAACUACGUACUCGCGUAACAAUCAUAAGGACAAUAUCGAUAAAAUGACGAAUGUAUUGAAUCUGUUAGGGUAAGGUUGUAGAUACGUUAGGGGUUAGGGAGCCGAGCCGCGCCGCGGCCGUCAUCGGCGCGCGUUGCUGCCAACCUAGCAUAGUCGACGGUGAUAUUAUUUAAAUAGAUAUUUAAACACAAUUGACUGCCAAUUGUAAAUUACAUUUUUAUAAAAAUCGAUAUUCUUAGAUAGUUCGAUAACUUAUUUGAUUAGAUUUUUUAAACAGAGUGCCAAAUGCCAUCGCCAAUGUUUGUGGAUAUGCCAAACUGACGUUCAUUUCUGCCUGACCGUUAGCGUGACGGUUUGCUUGGAUACAUUAGUUUAAUAUUUACGAAACAGAUGCUUGCCCUUCAAACGACUGAACAUAUAGUUUGCUCGUACUUUCGUACUUGGUCCGCGUUUCUAAUAAUCAUAGAGUACAGGGUAAACUUAGUACACAAUUUUCUUCCCUUGAUUUGUCUCACGAUCUUCACCGAUAGUAAUAUCUUGUACACUUAUCGGCACUUUACCUAACACUAUUAGAUAAUAGUCAUUGUUGAGGUUUGUGACAUUAGUCUGUAUGUAGCCCUUACUGUUCGUUUGUAUUAGACUAGUUAGGUGUUUCAUUGAGUUCCUUUGAUGCGUCUUUUCGGCGCAUCCCUAGUUACUUUCGUAGUUGUACAUCUAUUGUAACACUCUUGCGCGUAAUAAGCGUUUUACCUCACUUCGACCCAUUGUGUAGGGUUAUAGUAGCAGUCUAUA